GUGUCACUGCUGUGCCUGUUGCAUUUCCUCUUUGCAAAGGGUUGUGGAAACUGAGGUGAACAAAAACGUCCUCGUGGUUUCUAGUGGGGCAUUUACACAGUAUUAGUAAUCAGUAUGAAGCCGGACACCAUGUUCUUUCUGCUUUAUGCCACAGCAUUGGUGGUUUUUGGUGUACACAAAGCUGCACAGUCAGGUCCUGCUGUUCAUCUGACUGCUAAUCCUCCAUGGCCAGAUGUGUUCCGAGGAGAGACAAUUACUCUCAGCUGUCAGGUUAUUGAAUCUGAGGGAUGGACAUUUGUGUGGACCAGACACGGUCAGGGGCCUCUAGCACAACUUCCAGCCUCCAGUAGUAACGGCUCUGUGUCUGUGUUGGUCCUAAGUGAUGUGAGAGAGAGACAGAGUGGAAUGUAUCAGUGUGAAGCUGUAAAAGGAAAUGAGCGAGCUUUCAGUAACAUCCAUACAAUAACAGUCUCUGCUGAUCGUCCUCAGGCUGUCAUAGUCACAGAUCCCCCAGCCUCAGUGAUGUUCACAGGAGAAACUGUUAGCUUAGCUUGUGAAAUCAGGAAAGGGUCUGGCUGGAGAUAUUCAUGGAGCAGAAACACCCAGGGAAGAUUAGAGAGCCUCUAUGCUCGCAAUACUGAAAGCCAACAAAAGCACAUCCUGCACUCUGUAAGGGAGUCAGACAGUGGAGAGUACCUGUGUCAGGGUGAACGAGGACAAAGCCCUGUGAUCCAGUCUUCCCCUGGAUCACUUGUGUUAAAUGUGUCUGGGGAAAAGCCAAGGCCUGUUAUUACCCAGAAUCCCCCCAGUGGAGAGCUGUACACAGGAGAGAGAGUCACCCUGAGCUGUGGGUUUGGGGGAGAUCCUGCUGGCUGGGAGUAUCUCUGGUACAAAGACGUACUGAGACACACUGUGCCCAACACUGACAGCAGCAGGACUGAUGGGUCUAGUUUCACCAUCAGCUCUGCUGCUCUGGCCCACAGUGGAGAGUACCGCUGUAGAGCUGCAAGAGGAAGAAAACCUUUUUACUCAGACCACAGUGAUCCUCUGACUUUAGAAAUAUCUGAGGAGAACUUACAAGGGCAGCAUCUGUACACUCUCUGA